AAAAAAACGUAUUGUUUAAAUUUACACAAUGUAGUCAUACGCAGUACAUGGAACAAUUAUCACAAAAUAAAAUUGACUAUAUUAGAAAACAUAACUAACAUGUAGAUUCAGGGUGAUAAUCAGCAAAUAAAGACACAAUCGCAUGUGUAAUUGAUAAUCACAUUGUACAAAAAUGUUGUAUCACACAAUCAGUGGCAACAUUUGUUAAUCCAUAUCACUCAUCAACGGAUAAAGUAUUUAUAUAUGUUACAUAAUCAACAUAUGUUUUUCUUUCUGUAAACUAAAUAAUCAAUUAGUUGAUGACUCAUUUAAAAUAAGUUUAAUAUCGAUAUGUUAAAUUCAUCCGAAUAAUAAAAUAAUCACACUAUGUAUCCAAAUAUCAUCUCCCAAAUUUGAACAUCGACAAACUACUGUUUCCCUUAUUUAAAAUACGAAUUUGAAGAGCAUUUAAAACCGAAAUUACGAAAAGAUACGUAUAAAGCAAUAUAUUAAUGGGGUUAGAAUAAAACAGGAGUGUUUCGAAUAUUUCAAUGUUUUAUGAAUAAUAAAUUUACAGAAAAUGAGCACAUCAAUGAUAUUUCAUGUCAAAACAAACGUGCUGAAUCCUGGUGAAGGACUCAACGACAAAUGUAUCCACCAUUCGUGGCAUCGACGUCGCAUCAAAUAUAUGAAGCUUAUAAUUUUGUAUCGGACUUUUCCUCUCCGUGAUCAUACAUGUAAUGAAUUUUAUCUUAGCAAAUAGUAUCCGUUUUUUGGUAAUCUGAACUGUAUUGUACAUGAUAAAUUGCGUUUUAAAAAUGAAACUUCCUGUCCUUUUUGGUGAAAAGAAAUACUUCCAGUUAUUUUGAGGAGAGGGGAAAUUCGUUUUAAAAGCGAUUUUUGAUUGUAAAACCCGUUUAUGCCAGUACAUGCAUCACAACCCAUUUUGAACAUGUAAUUGUUCCACAAUGUAUCAUGUCGGGGCCUGUAUUGUAUUAAUUUUGCUCAUUGUUGAAUUCCGUAUGGUGAUCUGUAGUUGUUUCCAUGCACAUCACUUGGACUCUGGUGAAUAAUUGUUUCAUUGGGAAUCCAUCCACCAGACGGUCGUAUCGACAGAUAACAGGAUACUUCACUCGGGUAAGGCAUUGAUGGCCGAGUAAUCUAAGUAGUUUUUUCAAUAUCUACAGAUCUAGAUCACUGCUGGAUACAACAAGGCACUCAGUAACCGGGUAUUUUUAGUAAUUGAUUUAUUCCUCCUCUUUAAUUUUGCAUCACCAAAGCUUUUAUGCAUAUAGGAGAGAUAAAAGUAAGAUAAAAUCUAUGAAAAACUUUAAAAGCAAAUCCAUUUUAUAGUAAAAGGAAUAUGAAGAUAAUUACUUUUGGAUCAAAUCCCAAUGUAUCUCAACUUUGUUACUUAAAUAUCACAGCAGAUAAUACUGAUGUUGAAAAUUCAAACAACAACUUUCAUUGGAGAGUUCAAUGCAUCAGAUGUUAUUGUAUCUGUGUUCCGAUAGUCGGUAAUAGGGUGUGUUAACUGCUGUAAAAGAAUCAUUUAUUGUUAUCAUUUACUGUUAUAACAGCUAGAUGUAUUGUAUGGAAAGACUUUUGGGAAAAAAUAUAAUUUGAACUUCUUAUUGCUUUUUGCUAUAACCAAUUACAAUCUAAAACAUCUGUGAGUUCAGCUAUUUACACCUGAAGACCUUGUUUGCAUUCAUAGGAGAUCAAUUUUCCUGAUGUAAUAUAGUGACCAAAGGGCAACAUUUUUGUUACAUAAUUCUAUGUGCUUCCUGUUUCUUUUGUAACAUAAUAAUUAUUCUAUGUGGUUGGUGUUUGUUAUUUUUUGUACAUAGUUCCAAGAGGUUCCUGUUUGUUGUUUUUGUUACAUAAAUCCAUGUGGUUCAUGUUUGUUGUUUUUGUUCCAUCAUUCCAUGUGGUUCCUGUUUGUGGUUUUUGUGUUGAUAUUGGCUUUUUAUGUGGUUUGUCACUUUUUAUGCGGUUUUUGGCCACCUCAUUUUACACUCCUAUUAUAAACAAUUUUUUUCAUUCUUUAGAGUAUCAUGGUUAUUUGGUUAAUUACAUAUCGAGCGUGCUUUUCUUCCGAAUGACUUACUUUUUACGGAAUUACGGAGUCUAGUUUUAGAUAUCACCCUUCUGGUAAAUUCAGAUCCGGUAUUAUUGCUACCAUAAUGGUAUCCAGAUCUGAUCAGUCAUUUUUCAAAUAAUCAAGGACAAGUAAUUUAUUGUUUUGCCAAAGAAAUUGUUUAAUCAUUAUUAAUAACAAUCACACAAUUAACACACCCUAUUACCGGCUAAAUGACUAGCUUCUUUAUUAUUUCGUCUAUUAGAAUCAUAUAAAAUCAGUUAAAGCUUAAUACCAAAAAUAUUGUACAAUGCAUGAAAUAACAUCGAUUUUGAAGCUGAUGAUUAAAUAGUUUUAACAAACAUGUUGCACAUUAAUAUUAUGACUUUUUUGGUAUCAAAUAUGACGAAGCGAAUUGAUUAUAAUAUCUGCUGGAGAAUGCAAUUGAAAUCUUUGACAAUUUCACAAAGGGAGGAGACGGAAGAACUCGUAGUUUCUUAUUUAUUGUUCAUAUGUUGAUGCCAAAAAAAAGAGAGGCGGUAUUCGAACUGAUAAGUCAAAGACACACUGACAACGCCAUGGAUAAAAACGGAAAAGGACGGAAAGACAAACAACAGCCUACUAAACACAACAUUAAGAACCAAAGACACAGCAACACGAAUUUUAAAAUCCAUUUCAUACAUGACAAUUUCAUAUAUAUGCAGCCACCAUUUUUGUCUUGUUAACCUGUCGUCAAACCCUAUGCAGUUGUUAUGUAUUAUAUUUAAGGAAAUUUGACUAAUCAGCUAUUGAGUAGGACGAACAAGUAGUCAGACCGACAUAAGGGAAGACUGACAUGCAGCAAUGUACACAAGACAAAGUAUGAGAAAAAAAUAAUCACAUUGUAUGAAAAGUGCGACGUGAAGUACUUAAAAAAGUAUAGUAUGGUUUUAUUAACAAUAUUUAACUUAUUUUUUCCAGUUUGGUUGAAAAUUUUCGAAGUUACAACCGAUGGUCUGAUAUUGCCAUCAGACAAAUGUCCACAAAGUCCAAAUGACAAAGAUUGCACACAAUUUUAUUUAGGGGCUAGCUGAGGACCACCUCCGUGUGCGGGAUUUUCUCGCUGCAUUGAAGACCCAUUGGUGGCCUUCGGCUGUUGUCUGCUCUUUGGUCGGCUUGUUGUCUCUUUGACAUAUUCCCCAUUUCCAUUCUCAAUUUUACCAUACGAUACUGUACGGGUUUCAAAAAUAAGAUAAAACCUCAUACUUUAUACAAGUAUUCUGCCAAAUCCGGUGCUAUUGGGAACGUUUUGAACUUGCAGUGAAGUGUGAAAGGAGUAAAAAAUGAAAAAAAAAAAAACCACGUUAUAAAUUGCAUGCGUCUGAGGCGCUUUUCUGGAUUUACCUUCAUCAGGAACUCUCAAAGCCGAAUACUUGAAAGCCAAGGAUGUAUAAUAAUCUAAACAGUUGAAGAGCUACAUAACCAAAAAGGACAUAAAAAAAUCGCCAAAUCCGUCUAAUGUUAACUUUGCCUUAGGGUUUUGAAACCUUAGUUUCUAAAAGUUUCAAAAUGUAUUAACGGAAAAUUUUAGAAAGAGUAAAAAACUCCGUACAUAUUUUUUCUGAACGAAAAAAUGUCAAUAUCUAAGUUAAGUACAUCGCCUUUUAACCAAUCAAAAUUCAGCAUUAUGAUAUAAAUGAUGUUAUUAUCAGUAAAAUAUUAGAUGUCGUUAGAUGUCUUUUAAUUAAUGUCUCAUUGACGUAUAAACAACAUUUUUUUUGUGCAUAUUAUUAUAAUAGAAAACUAUGCAUACUAACUCAAAUAAAAUUGAUUUUGCAGGAACAAGAAAAAGAUAUUUGCAACUUGGCAGAAGUGCUGUCAGCAUAAUUAAAGGAAAAAUUGAAGACCAGGAACUUUUUUCCCAGACCGAUGUCAUCGUAAACACAACAAACGCUCAGUUAGAUCUUGGAAAUGCCGGUCAAUGCUCCAAAGUAAUAUCAACAGCUGGUGGUAGUAGUAUUCAAGCAGAAUGUAAACUGAAUUAUCCACGACCUCUGACUUUAGGUGAUGUGGCUGUCACAACUUCUGGGGAUCUAAAAAGCUCAAAAGUUUUUCAUGUGUAUCUCCCUAAAUGGAAACAGAAAGGUGACGAACAGAAUUUGGAAACAACUGUGACUGCAUGUCUUGAACAAAUGGAGAUGCUUAGUUUGAAAUCGAUUGCCUUUCCAGCACUUGGUACGCAUUGUCUGAAUUACUGUCCAUACAAAGUAAUAAACGCCUUAUUCGACGCAGUCGAGGAUUAUAAUAACAAACAUUCUACAACUGUUGUUGAAAACAUUACAUGCGUUAUAUUUCAGGAGCAGAUGUAUCAAACAUUUGUGUCUGAAGCAAAGAAAAGAUCAAGGUUGUUAGCAGGAAAUCAAAAGAUUCAAGCAUCAGGUGGAACAAAGUACUUAAAUACCAACAUACAAAUACUCGUUGGUGACUUAGUACUUCAACAGGCAGAUGUACUGGUAUACUCCAGUCCACAUAAUAUGAAACUCAUCACGGGAACCGGACUUUCAACAGAAAUACUGAAAUCCGCUGGAUCAGAUAUCCAAGAUGAACUGAAUCGUAUGUAUAAUGAGGUCGUGGAAUGCGGAACUUUUGCUGUUACUGACGGGUAUAACUUACGCUGCUCCAAAGUUUACCAUGGAUACCUUCCAUCAUUUUAUGGUCGAAAUAAAAGACCAGAAAGGGUAUUAAGCACAUUUGUAAGCAAAUGUUUGAACAAGGCAAAUGAACAUAAAGCAAAAAGUGUUGUGUUCUCUGCGCUUGGAAGUGGAAUGUUAAGGUAUCCAAAUGACGUUGCAGCCUCAGCUGUCAUUAAAGGUAUCCAGGCAUUUCUUUCGUGUACAUGGACAUGUUCAUCAAUUGAUAAUAUCAAAAUAGUUGUUUAUGGUGGAGACAGCAAUCAUUCAAAAAUUGAAAAGACUUACCACAGUGAGCUUGCUACAAUAAAUUCUGUGAAAGGUAUUAAUUUGAAAGAUACCCUCAACCAGCCAAUACCAAGAAGAGGCACAAAAGAAUAUUUCUAUUUCAAGUACAACGAAGAUCCAAGACCGCCAACAAACUGGAGCUUCUUUAAAAGUUUCAGAACAAUAAAAGAUUGGUCAAAAGAGCGCAGAAGCACAGAUCCACCAAAGAAAGUGCAAAUAGACAAAGACACGUUUGAAUCAAUAAAACAGCUAUUUAUGAAAACUAUAAAAAAUCCGAGCGCUAAAAUUAAAUCCAUAACAAGAAACGAAAACUUGAAUCUUUACUUAAAAUAUUUUCAACGAUGCCAAGAACUAUACAGAAAAGCAAUAGUAAACGGUCCCUGUAAACCACUUGCAAAACCUGUUCUGACAAUGGAAAACCUGAACUGUCAAAUGAGACGUGUGCUUGAACGGGAUAUUAAUGAAGUUUACCUCUUUCAUGGAACAAAGCAAGACAGAGUAAAGGUCCUACUGCGCAAUGGAUUUGAUGAAAGAUUAGCGUCUAUGAACUUUCGUACACUUAGACUUGGCAAUGGUACAUAUACCGCAGAAGAAGCUUCUCUGUCAGCACAUUAUACAGAAAAACAAGGAGUGCGUACAAUGUUCCUCGUGAGGGCUUGCUUAGGGGACGUCUUUAGGACCAAAGAUGAUCAAACUCUUUUGAAAAGGCCACCAUGUAAGAAGAUGUGUAAAAAGAUAUGUACUAAACAUGAUGAAUUUUUCGACUCUGUUCUAGGAGAAUUUUGUCCAAGAGAAUUUGUUGUCUAUGAAAAAGCACAAUGUUACCCAGAGUACGUGAUCAAAUACACACUAUAAAGCAUACAGAGGGUUGCUGGAUCAAGAACGGCAUCUUUAAUAAGAAAAACUUGUAUAUUUACUGAUUUUUGGAGACUGGCUUACAACAAAAAUAUUAAAUAUUUA